GCUGGUUGGUUGCUUUGGUUAUUCGUUGUGUCUUUCUCUGAUCUCUGAUCUCUGAUCUCUGAGAGCUCAUCUCUCUUUCCACCAAUGCGGUCUCUACCUAUCAACCGACUGCCGACUUCACUGUUUCAGUCUCUCCCCCAUCAUCGUCGCGCGGACUUGAUGGGGCCAGUUGGUUGAUUGAAAGUGAUCUGAGCCUUAUCAUUAUUUACCCCUCGGCUGUGGCAUGACAACAAUUAGUUCAAGACGUUAAGCCAGCAACCGUUGUCCCUUACCUAGUAUCUCCCACGCCCUACCCAAACCCGCCCCCGGUUUAACACCAUGAUGCGAUCAAAGGACCCUCGAGUCCGCCAGAGGAUAAAUCAAAUCUCCCACAACCUUGAAUCCGCAAACGAGACCGCCCAGGAGGGCCUCUACACCUUCUCUCACAACUAUAUCCUGCCAUGUUUCACGGCCAUCGGCAACUGCGUCUACAGCUGCACGGCACCCUGUCUUCCGACCCGGGAGGACCAGCUGCGUCGACGCCGACGCGGCCGCGCGGAAGCUAACUUUGACUUCUAUGACGAUUGGGACAACGAGGACUCAAAUGCUGGGCUGUUGGGAUGGGGCACCGAUGAACUCGACCGCCUGCUGGCUGGCAGUGGUUUGGCCCGUGGCGGUGCCGAGCAGCCUCGCCGGCAGAGACGGAUGAGCUACGGGACGCGGCGUGUCCGUCGAAAGAGCACGGCUCUGGCCCAAGAUGAACGGAAUGACCCAACCGUCAUCCCCAGCUCCUCGUUCCUGGGAUUCCUCGAGCGGUUCCCCUGGCGCUUCGGGGCGCGCGGACUGAAAUACCGUCCCUCGGCGGCGGAUCUGCAGGAACAUCCUGCGGGGGAACUGCGGAGGCACGUCUACGAGGAUGAGCCGCUCAUGGAGGCCGCCGAGGAUUACGAUGCCCAGCCGUCCGGGAGCAAAGGCCGGUAUCGGAGUUCGACCCAGUCGUCGCGGGAGACCACGAACUCGCUGAGUUCGCGCGGGGAUUUGAUUCCCAGCGAUGACGAAGAGGAUGCUGUGCCGUUGGAUGAUGAGUUCGCCAUGGCUUUGGGCAGCCGUCGAGGAACGGGAUUGGACUCGAUCGACAUGAUCGGGGAUAAGCCGGCGAGCAUGCGGUCCGCGUCCGGAACGUUUAGUCUGGGGACCACCAGUUCGUCCAAGGCCUCCAAGAAGAAGCAGAAGAACCAGCGGAGCAGCCGGCUUCGUUCCCCGCAGGAGUCCUACGUAGAUAUCACCCGUGAUGAUAGCACGCCUUCAUUAGCCGAUCUCAAGAAGGAGGAGGAGCAGGCGGCGUAUGAAGAAGAAUCGGAGAUUGCACGGAAACGGCUGGCCGCACAGCAGUUGGCAUCGAACCGUGGUCUUGAUCAUCAGGUUAGUCGUUGGCAGUUGCUGCCUUGCGCGGUCUUCAGACUUAUGCUCUAACUCCAUUUCACUAGCUUUCUCCAUCGGCGAAUCAUGGCACGUCAGCAGAUGUAACCCACCAAGACACUCACCAGUCCACGCCUGGGUCACCAGCAGAAGACCCUCCUAUACGAG